AUGUCGGACGCAAUCAAGGAUCUGGUAGAGAUUCCCCAGAGCUUUGUCAAGGAUGGGACACAGGUGAGAAUCCGGCGGCGAUCGGUGAUGUUGUUGGGGCGAGGGAAUGGCGCGACGAUAGUGUGCGAUCAUUGGUCCGCGGCUUUUGCUGACCUAGCGAGCUUUUCAGUUCUUCAACAAGUGCACCAAGCCUAACAAGAAGGGUGAGUGGGUUGUGACUUCGCUUCCAUUGGACAGGAAGCGUAUAGGAGGCCUUGUCACAUGCAGCAGCGCUGACCCGCCCCAUCGAUGCACCCGCACCCUCUCUUCCCUUCAGAGUACCUUCAAAUCUGCAGGGCUGUAGGCAUGGGCUUCGUCGUCAUGGGCUUCAUUGGCUACGUGAGUGGACGCCGGCUCGGUGAAGGCCGAUUACCCUCAAUCUAACCUCCGGACCACAAUCUGCGCGCAUCUUUGCAGUUUGUCAAGCUCAUUCACAUUCCUCUGCGACAAAUCGUGAGUGUAUCCUUGCAACAGGCACGGCAUCAUUUCGAAAAGCUCUCUCGCUGAUGCUUUACGCUUUCCGUCUCUCCUUUGCUGCCAGCUUGUGUGAGUUGUAGACGGCUGCGGCGGGAGCGCAAGGCCGUGUGGACUCGCUGGCUCGCUCAGGUGACUGAUUUGAUGACGGGACGUUCUUGUCUCUUACAGCGGAUGAGGGCAGACAUUGGGAAGGGAUGAGCACGGGAGGGUAAAGACGGAUGUGAGUAGCACAAUGCGCGGCAAAGACACUGGACUCGACUAAACUAUCAAGAUGCUCUGCUCUUCGCCCUGCUGUUCGUCGGCAGGAUUUUUUUGGAUGGCUCUCAGGCCGAGCUUCUUGGACGGUAUCGUCGAUCGGAUCGUUUCCCGGAACGGGCGAUCACGUGUCCAGCACCUUGUCGUGCUCCAGUGGGUCUAUUAACAAUCAGAUGCAGAACGCGAGUUGUCACCAAGUCUCGAUCAGCUCCCCAUGCUUGCAUACAAGCAUUGCACUUCAACAUGCUGCCCGAGGUGGGCGAAUUGGCAUUCGAGGACAUCGCCUUCACCUCAUUUCCGCGUUCCAACGGUAGGCGAGGUAGGCCAAGAGCGAUGGGUAAGUGCUAGAAAAGCCUGCGACGCACGCAGCCGUGAGGGGCAUUACGCAAGGUUGUCGGAGAUCAUCGGACGAGUCUCACAGCUGUCUGUCACAUCGACAAGUGACCUCUUGUGCUUGUUUCGCGACCUACAAGCGCUUAGAGCGAGCUCGGUAGGGACGAGACUGGGAGAAAUGGCUGA